AUGGAGGAGACGAAAGCAAAUGGCUCUCAAGAGAACACAGGAUUCUUAUGGCAACAGGCGGUACCAAUGUCAACCCCCGAGGUGAAGAGGCUGCACAUCACACCCUUGGACUCUGCGCUGCUCAAUGCAAUCCUCCCCCCGGCCCUGAGCUCACUGGCAACAGACAUCUCCCUGCACACAAUCCAGACAUUUCCAGAAAACAGUUAUGGUUUCGUGACACUUCCUCUUGCCGAAGCGGACAAGCUGGCCAAGAAGCUGAACGGCUCGAUUUUGAGGGGCAAGAAACUUCAGAUCCAAGAGGCGAGGUUACGGAAACAAUUUCCACCUGACGAGGACCAAUCUCGCGAAGCAGCUUGCUCGACGCCAGCUCGCAACACCAUUAUGGCCAAGAAGCGCAAGGCAGGGGAUAAUGCGAUUGAAGGAUAUGAACUGGACUCUGAGAGACGCAUCAAGCGAGGCUGGACCGAGGUGCCUGAUAAGGGAAAGCGGUCGCGCAAGUCUGAUAAGACCGAGACUAAAGCAGAUGUCAAGCACAAGAAAACACAGAAAUCGAAAUACACGAACGACCCUGAAUGUUUAUUCCGUACAAUUCCUCCACCCAAUAAAGUAGAGUCAACGGAACCGCGCAAGGAGCGGAAAAAGAAAGCGGGCGGUAAUGGUGCUGUUGUGGUUCACGAAUUCGAAAGGUUAACAGCACAUCCGAGUUUCUUGAGGGACAACCAAGGCUCUUCCGCAGUUAGUCUGACUCGCGAGUAUGUUGAGGGUAAAGGGUGGGUGGACCGAGGGGGGAACGUAAAAGAAACACCUUCGAUAAGGAGGAAUAAGGAACCUACGAGUCGACUAAAGCCGCAGAGAAAAGGUGAUCUGGUGUUGUCGAGUGGUAAUGCUAAGGGCGAUUCCACGAGCGAUGAUGAAGACGAUGUGACUUCGUCUAGCGGAUCGUCCAGCGAGGAGGAAUCGUCUGAUGGAACUUCUUCAUCCACAGAUUCCGAAUUGCUUUCGAGGAAAGUUGCGAAUUCACCUACGUCCAGGCCUAAGACGAAAACUCGAAUCGCUGCAGAUGACGAUAUAAGCUCUUCCAGUGCUUCCUCGUCGAGCGAAGAGUCUGAUGAUUCUUCUUCAGUACCAUCAAUCGCUAAAGGCAAGCCGCAAAGCAACCCCGGGGCUAGGAGCCUUCACGUCAUGAGUAAAACGUCUUCGGAAGAUUCCUCAAGUGAAGCGAGUAGUGCUAGUUCUAGUUCGUCUUCUGAUCAUGAUGAUUCCGAAGUCGACGAGGAGCAAAGCAAAACGCCCACAAAAAGCCUACAGUCUGUUGGCCCACCUAAGGAACCCAUGUCACCGCCUAAAGAAGUCCACCCCUUGGAAGCUUUAUUUAAACGCCCAGCGACAGAAACCAAAAAAAGCACUGGAAAGAUGCAGUUGGAGAUUGAUACAGGAUUUAGCUUUUUUGGAAACGCUGGAGAAAAUAGCGACAUUGAAGACAACGAUAACAACAUUGGCAAUCAACACAGUAUCGAUACCCAGCCGCAAACCCCGUUUACCCAAAGGGACUUUCAAACUCGCUCUUUGCGCAGCGGAGCUCCCACUCCUGACACAGCCGCUGUGAACAAAAUGAAAUUCUGGACAGACGAGGACGAAGAGACAGAUGAAGACGAGGACGAUACCGAUAUUGAGGCCGAACAGGAACUCGCCGUGGCCAAAAAGCUGAAGAGCAUUGAUUCAAGAGGCACCAAGCACACCGGAUCCGUCGCAGUUGAAGAAAGCGAGUUUUCGAAGUGGUUCUGGGAGAAUAGAGGUGAUAAUAAUCGUGCUUGGAAAAAGAGGCGGAGAGAAGCCGCUAAGGAGAAAAGACAGAGAGAAAAUAGGCGAGGGAGAAGAUAG